UUGAAUCAGGAGCAGAAAUCGGAUCCGUGUUUGCCAUGCCGAUCGCCGGAAUUCUCAUCGCAAAUUAUGGAUGGGAAUCAGUAUUUUACACAUUCGGAGGAUCAGGAAUCGCAUUUGUAUUCUUUUGGAUGCUUCUUGUUUACGAUUCGCCGACGAAACAUCCGUAUAUUACCGACCGGGAAAAAGCCCUCUUGGAAACGUCUUUAGCGGACGAGAUGGCUCACAAUCGCAAGAAAUUGCCAGUUCCUUGGAGAUCGUUGUUGACGUCAGUACCUGUAUGGACUGCGACAUAUGUCAUGGCAGCGAGUGGAUGGUCAUACUCCGUCAUGUUAUCCCUGACACCAACAUACUUGAAAAACAUGAUGAACUACGACAUUACCAAGACUGGAAUCAUGUCAGGACUGCCGUACUUACUGAUGUACGCAUUCAGCGUCGGUUUCAGUUACAUCAUCGACCUGCUGCGACAGAAAGACUGCUGUUCAGUUUCUACUCUGCGGAAAAUUGCCAACGUUGUUUCGCAAAUGGGCCAAGGUGUUUGCCUGAUCAUUUUGUCAUUUUCUGGAUGCAGUGAAAUCAUUGCAUUGAUUUUGAUCAACACGUCUGGUUUUGUUUACGGAGCAACUUAUUCGGGACACUUGGCGGUUCCGUUGGAUCUGUCUCCAAAUUUUUCAGGAAUAAUUUACGCAUUCAACAAUCUCGGCUUUACAUUUCUGGCAAUGUUGGGGCCGCUGAUUUCGGGGAUCAUCAUCACUGGUCAUCAAACAUUAGCCAAGUGGGCCUUGGUGUUCCGCAUAGCUGCAGCCAUCAACAUAUCCAACGUAGUCCUGUUCACCAUUUUUGGCUCAGCCGAGGUUCAACCCUGGAAUGACCCUCCGUCACAAGAUGACUCUACAGAGGAGAAGCAUCAAGCAGUUGAGCAGGAACUCGCAGCAGUUGUUUCUUCCGUGUUGGGGAACUCAAAGGAAAUCAGCAACAAUGGUGUCGGUGCUGCACGAAUUAAUUCCGCAUUCGAAUGUUCGCCCGGUGAUGAAAUCCAGAUUGCCCCACCCGAGUCACCAGUAAUUACUUCCAAGAAAUGAUUUUUCUGCGCCAAUUCAUCAAGCAACUGGAUCUUGGGGAAUUCGUUUCGAAAGUUGUUGAAAGAAAAGAUUGAUAUUUUGUUUCUACAGCAAGGGAUGGGAGUUGAUCGGUGACCGAAAAUUAGGAGUACAUACGAGUGUAUAGGACUUGUUGCUUUUUUGUUGAUUGUGAAAGCGAUAAUAAGCCACUCUGAUCUUUGAGGCCUUGCACGUGUCUCACAUCCAAAAGUGAAGAAAGUUUGUUCAAUUGGGAAUUUUUAGGCAGGAGGAAAAUUUGAAAAUUGAGUGGUUCGUAAACUAGGGAGGUUUGUUGUAAAUUACUCUCAUUGCAGGUAAAAAGUAAAUUUUCCUUCGUACAGGUGCCCAUAUUUCUCAGAACUUUGGCGGAUUAUUUUAAAUAUUGCGUUGAUUUAAUAUUCUGAGGGAACAUGAAAAAGUGCUUAGAAUCGAUUGUGGUGUGAUGGGACGCGUGAUUAAUGGAAGCAAUGAGUGACGAUGCCAAGGAAUUCGAAAUAUUUUGAAAUUUUUGUCGGGAAUUAUGGCUGCGGAUAGCAGCUUUAUUUCUGCACUGCUGACUGGCGACGUUUUGAUGACACGGAUCGACGUCGUUUUCCUUUCAUCUCCUGUUGGCUUUUCGAACAUAGAUUUGUCAAAUUUUGUGUCAUCUUUCGUGCCGCGUUUGAGAUUCGAAUCAGCUUUUUCAUAUUCGGCUCGAACCAAGCUUCGUGCAUGAGUUUCGUGGACAAAAUCCUGUGUAAAUGAAAGCGGGGAAAAAUGGUGUCCGACAGAUUUGGCUUGUCUGUUUAUCUGUUGAAGUGUUGCGAUGAAGAUUUUAAUUCGCUUGGAACUGAUUUUCCAUGAACAAAUGCAGGAAAUUUGACUGCUUCUUGCUUCUUUCGUGAACAAGAAAUGAAGUACGUUUCGUCGCAUA